UCGUUGCGGCGGGCGGCGGGUGCGGCCCCAGCCCCGGCAGCAGCGCCGGGCGCCAUGGGGUGUUAGCGCAGCUCGUGCCCUCGCUCUGCCGCCGGAAGGAGCCGCUGCCUCCGCCGCCAGCUCCGCUUCUCCGCCGCCCGGAGCUCAUGAGCCUGAACGAGCACUCGAUGCAGGCGCUGUCCUGGCGGAAGCUCUACCUGAGCCGCGCCAAGCUGAAGGCUUCCAGCCGAACCUCCGCGCUGCUCUCCGGCUUCGCCAUGGUGGCCAUGGUAGAAGUUCAGCUCGAUGCAGAACACGACUACCCACGAGGUCUCUUGAUAGCCUUCAGUGCCUGUACUACAGUCCUUGUUGCAGUUCACCUUUUUGCACUCAUGAUAAGUACCUGCAUUCUUCCAAACAUAGAGGCCGUUAGCAACGUGCAUAAUCUCAACUCUGUAAAGGAAUCUCCUCAUGAGCGUAUGCAUCGGCACAUUGAGCUUGCCUGGGCAUUUUCUACUGUCAUUGGGACUUUGCUCUUUCUUGCAGAGGUGGUGUUGCUGUGUUGGGUGAAGUUUCUUCCCCUGAAGAAGAACCCCCUUGACCCAGCUCAGAACAGCAAUUCUAGCAUCACUUCAGGACAGGCGGCAGCCAUUGCAUCGACGUCUAUCAUGGUUCCCUUUGGACUGAUUUUCAUUGUCUUUGCAGUCCACUUCUACAGGUCUCUGGUGAGCCAUAAAACAGACAGGCAGUUUCAGGAACUGAAUGAACUUGCUGAAUUUGCACGGCUCCAGGAUCAGCUGGAUCACAGAGGUGAUGCCAUCUCCCCAGCUGUUACCCAUUUUGCAUAAACCUGUACUUAAAGAAAAUAAACCCACCGUUCUGCUCCUGCCUUAUGUUGACUCCCCCGUGCAUGAAUGUUCAAACUGUUGAUUUUCUUUUCAGUAGAAGUUUAUAAAUGUUUGGGAAAAAGAAACCAAGCAGUUCUCACCAUAACAUGGCUAGCUGAGACCAGAAGGAAUUAAUGGCUGGGUUUGUGUGUACCACACACCUUUCCCUUUUGUGAGCACUCUCAUUUGCUGCUUCUUACCACUGAAUGGUGGCUACACAAAUGCAAGGAGAGUAAUGCUGUACAUUUGGGUGUUAGGAAUGGACAGAGAAGCUUUUUCCUCUUUUUAUAAUGUUGGCAUUUACUAGAAGAUGUCGCUUGUCCAGUAGAUGUUGCAUGGCAUCAUACAAAUUACUUGGGAUAUGCAGCAAUUAGCUCUUGGUUCCGGUGCUCGCACUGUUCUCUCAGUCUGACAGAUGGUAGAAGGGAAAGCUCUCCCACCGCUUUCCCAGUGUGUUUUGCUGCCAAGUAAUUCUUACAUCAGUGACUCCUCCAGCACCCUUUCCAUGGCAGUUACACGCUGUAUAACUCACUGAACACCCAUGACUCGUUCUGCUGCCAUGUGGUGUGGCCACAGGAGAAGGAAUGAGACUACUAUGCUCUUCUUUGGAAGAAAAUAAAAGCAAUAGCCGUUCUGAAGUUCUCAGAAGCUGGCAUGUAUUAUCUGCAGAGAUAGAACUGCCUGUUUUCCAUUUAGGAAUCUUUUUUUAAAAAGAAGGAACUAAAUGGAAGUUAUCACUGGAUUUUUUUUUUUUGCUUGAAGAUCAGAACCGUUGCUGGUUUUUCCAAGUCAAAGAAGCAAUUAUUUUAUACUUUUAUAUUAAAAAUAUAUUUUUAAUAAAUCCUCAGAUACAAGCAGCAAAAGGUGCUUUCUCUGCAUUGGAUUCCCAAGUAAUUAGCUAUGCCUUGGUCUUCCUUGUUUAGAAGUUGUCUUCUGCUUGCUGAAGUGCUGUCCAUAAUAACUUCUUAAGACAUCUUUUACUUCCAGAGGAUCUGGAAGGCUACUUUUAUCUCUGUAGAUUUAUUUAUGAAAAUAGAUGAUUUGUAACUAAUAUUGCUGCUUACUUUCAGACAUGAAUCUAUGCUAGUGAGGCUGUGGUGUCUAUUUUUUUAUUAUUUCUUUAAACGAAACUUUCCUUGGGCCUCUCAUUUGAGAGGUUUGGCCAAGAAGGAGGCAGCGAUAGUCCUGGGCUGCUGCACUAACUCCAGCUGUGUCUGUAAGUGGAUUUUCUUUGGAACGCAGUUCUUGUGCAGAAAAGCUUUGGUUUGUAAUGGGUAAAAGCCAUUUUUGAACACAAAGUGAGCCGGGUUGCAGAUCUAAUGGAUCAUACCUUCACCUCCUACUGUAGUGAACACUGUGGAAUCUAAACUGUGGAGGUUGUGUUGUUUGUGAGCUGUACCUAAGCGAGCUUGGGCUCAGUGUGGUCUCUUACACGCAGCCUCUAUCUCAGGUUAUCCCGAUGUAUUUUCACUCUGUGGGAUGUGGAAGCUGUUGACAGUGCUACCAGCAGUGCAUCUGUGUUCUAAAAAACAGCCAUUAGAAAAGGACUUGGUGUUUUUUUCAGCAGGUUUCUUGGGGUAUCCUCUGUCCACUGGCAGAAGACAGUUUCCCACAUGCUGGUUUCCCAGGGCCUCCUGGCAUAUGGAGGUUUGGCAGGAUUUUCUCCAGCUCUGCCAUUCCAUUGUGUUUCAGGGAUAGAUCUCGUACUGGUGUGAAUGUAUCCAUGGUGAGAACUGUGACUGCGAUUCCUCACGCAUUUGUUCCUGGAGCACUGUAAAGAUUCCGAUAGUGAAGGCAGUAGGGAAAACAGCAUUCCAAACCACGGUAACUUUGAGGCAGACACAGUUUGUUUUCCCAUCUUUCAGUGCCACCCUGGGAGGGGGGAUUCUUAAAAGCAGCAGGGAAAGGAAGCAGGUUGGACUUGAUGUGUGUCCUGGAACAAGUGGUGCUGUAGGGCUGAAGAAUUGUGUGUCUGUCUGUAAAUGAUGUAUUUAAAACUCCUAACGUUAUUUUGAAUGUAAGUCCAGAAAAUAUAUUAUCAAAGCUUAAUUUACAAAGCUUAUUUUGUAAAGUUAUUUGCUGUUCUUGGUAAGUUUCUGGAUUUCUUUUUAUCUUGUGGAUCUUUUACAAAAUGAAAGUGUUUUGUUUAGGAAAUAUAAAGCUACGAGCUUAUUUUUUAACUUUCUUAAGCCAGUGGGUCCUAACCUGUGGGAGCUGUGAGCUACAGCCAUUUGACUGACUAUUUCCUGCACUUUAAUCUCUGGUAUCAAGUGUGUUUCUCUCCUUUUCCAGCUGUGGGAAUGGUCAUGAAAGUUGUGCCUUGGACACGUCUCAUAGCUGUGUGCCAGAGGCAGUAACCAGGCCUGAGCGUAUGGCUCCAGAUGUUACGAGUGCACUUAACGUUUGUUUUUUAUUCUUUAUUUAUACUAAUGGUAUUUCACGUUUACCUCAAGCAUUUUAAAUGUCAGUUAUUGUUUGUCAAUUAUUUAGAUAUAAAACAACUUCAGAUAAUGAAAUAAAACAUACUCAACUAUUGCUGAUUGUUA